AGGAGCUGAAGAGAGUUAAGUGCUGGCAAGUAAAGUGCAGUCUGUCGCGAGGGCCUGUCCUCCCUGCCCUUCCAGACCUUCCCCCUCCUCAGACUCCAUCGGCUCCCUCCAUUUUUCACACCUGAGUCGCUCCGUCGCUCUCAUUUCCGAAAAGGAACACCGAGGUGCACAGGUCGACCGCUCCCCAACUGGCCGAGAUGAUCACCUCAGAGCUUCCUGUCCUGCAGGACUCUUCCAAUGAGUCCGGUGCAGCAGAUGCCGUGGGCCUGAGUAUGAACAUGACUGAGAUGGAGGAGCAGGAGGUGAAAGGGAAGAAGAAGAGAGGGAGGCCUGGAAAACAGCCAAUGCCAUCCAAUAAGAAGCCACGGAAGUCACCGACAGACAAGACAGUGGGCAUGUCCAGAGGGAGAGGGAAAGCAAACGGCGUGGCUCAACACAAUGGGGAUGGGGGAGACCCCGUCACCCUUUUUGAGGUGGUCAAACUGGGCAAGAGUGCCAUGCAGUCGGUGGUGGAUGAGUGGAUCGAGUCCUACAAACAGGACCGAGACAUGGCUCUGCUGGACCUCAUCAAUUUUUUCAUCCAGUGUUCAGGCUGCAAAGGAACCGUACGGAUCGAGAUGUUCCGCAACAUGCAGAACGCCGAGAUUAUCCGUAAAAUGACGGAGGAGUUUGAUGAGGACAGUGGGGAUUAUCCUCUCACCAUGCCAGGGCCCAUGUGGAAAAAGUUCCGCUACAACUUCUGCGAGUUCAUCAGCGUUCUGAUCCGCCAGUGUCAGUACAGCAUCAUCUACGACGAGUACAUGAUGGACACGGUCAUCUCCCUCCUCACCGGAUUGUCUGACUCCCAAGUGCGAGCCUUCAGGCACACCUCCACAUUAGCAGCGAUGAAACUGAUGACGGCGCUGGUCAAUGUAGCCUUGAACCUCAGCAUUCAUCAGGACAACACCCAGAGACAGUACGAGGCUGAGAGGAACAAGAUUGCCGGCAAGCGAGCCAAUGAGAAGCUGGAACUGCUGCUACAGAAGAGGAAAGAGCUUCAAGAGAACCAAGAUGAAAUAGAGAACAUGAUGAACUCCAUCUUCAAGGGCAUCUUUGUGCAUCGCUACAGGGACGCCAUCGCUGAGAUCCGAGCCAUCUGCAUAGAGGAGAUCGGCGUGUGGAUGAAGAUGUACAGCGACGCUUUCCUCAACGACAGUUACCUGAAAUAUGUGGGCUGGACGCUGCACGACAGGCAAGGAGAAGUGCGUCUGAAAUGCCUGAAGGCGCUGCAGAACCUCUACACAAACCGAGAGCUGUUCCCCAAACUGGAGCUCUUCACGAACCGCUUCAAAGACCGGAUAGUUUCGAUGACGCUGGAUAAGGAGUACGACGUGGCUGUAGAGGCCAUCCGGCUCGUCACACUCAUCCUGCAAGGCAGCGAGGACGCUCUGUCCAACGAAGACUGCGAGAACGUGUACCACCUGGUUUACUCUGCUCACCGACCUGUGGCCGUCGCCGCCGGAGAGUUCCUCCACAGGAAGCUGUUCAGUCGCCACGACCCUCAGGCAGAGGAGGCUCUGGCUAAGCGCAGAGGGAGGAGCAGCCCCAAUGGGAACCUCAUCCGCAUGCUGGUGCUCUUCUUCCUGGAAAGUGAGCUCCACGAGCACGCAGCCUACCUGGUGGACUCGCUGUGGGAAAGCUCCCAGGAGCUGCUGAAAGACUGGGAGUGCAUGACGGAGCUUCUGCUGGAGGAGCCCGUGCAGGGAGAAGAGAUGCUGUCGGAAAAGCAGGAGAGCGCCCUGAUCGAGCUGACGGUGUGCACCAUCCGCCAGGCGGCAGAGGCACACCCGCCUGUGGGCAGAGGCACCGGCAAGCGGGUGCUGACAGCAAAGGAGAGGAAGACCCAGAUAGACGACAAGAACAAACUGACAGAGCACUUCAUCAUGGCUCUGCCGAUGUUAUUGUCCAAGUACCAGGCCGACUCAGAGAUGGUAGCCAAUCUGCUGCAGAUCCCACAGUUCUUCGACCUGGACGUGUACAGCGCCGGGCGCAUGGAGAAGCACUUGGACGCCUUACUGAAGCAGAUCCGGCUGGUGGUGGAGAAGCACAUCGAGACGGAUGUGCUGGAGGCCUGCAGCAAAACCUACAGCAUCCUCUGCUCCGAGGAGUACACCAUCAUGAACCGCGUGGACAUCGCCCGCUCGCAGCUCAUCGAUGAGAUGACCGACCGGUUUGCACACUCGGUCGAAGAGCUGCUUCAAGAGGCCGAGGAGGCAGACGACGACGAUAUCUACAACGUUUUGUCAACCCUCAAGAGACUCACAGCCUUCCACAAUGCCCACGACUUGACUCGGUGGGAUUUGUUUGGGAACUGCUACCGGCUGCUGAAGGCUGGCAUCGAGCAGGGCUCCAUGCCGGAGCAGAUUGCUGUCCAGGCCCUGCAGUGUUCCCACUACUCCAUCCUCUGGCAGCUGGUCAAAAUCACAGAGGGGGUUCCCAGCAAGGAUGACCUGGUGGCUCUCAGGAGAGUGGUCAAAUCGUUCCUUGCUGUGUGCCAGCAGUGUCUGUCCAACGUCAACACCCCGGUGAAGGAGCAGGCGUUCAUGCUCCUCUGCGACCUGCUGAUGAUCUUCAGCCACCAGCUCAUCUCCGGGGGGAGGGAGGGCCUCCAGCCGCUGGUCUUCAACCCGGACAGCACUCUGCAAAGCGAGCUGCUCAACUUCGUCCUGGACCACGUCUUCAUCGACCAGGACGACGAGAGCCAGAGCAUGGAGGGAGACGAGGAAGACGAGGCCAACAAGAUCGAGGCGCUCCACAAGAGGAGAAACCUGCUGGCGGCUUUCUGCAAACUCAUAAUCUACGACAUCGUGGAUAUGCCUGCCGCUGCUGACAUCUUCAAACACUACAUGAAGUACUACAAUGACUAUGGCGACAUCAUCAAGGAGACCCUCAGCAAAACCAGGCAGACGGACAAGAUUCUGUGUGCCAAGACGCUCAUCCUCAGCCUGCAGCAGCUGUUCAACGAGCUGCUGCAGGACCAGGGCCCCAACCUGGACCGGACAUCGUCUCACGUCAGCGGCAUCAAGGAGCUCGCCCGCCGCUUCGCCCUCACCUUCGGCCUGGACCAGAUCAAGACCAGGGAGGCCGUGGCAACGCUGCACAAAGAUGGGAUAGAGUUUGCUUUCAAGUACCAGAAUCCUCGAGGACCAGAGUUUCCUCCCGUCAACCUGGCCUUCCUGGAGGUCCUGAGUGAAUUCUCCUCCAAAUUGAUUCGUCAAGACAAAAAGACAGUACACUCGUAUCUGGAGAAGUUCAUGUCGGAGUCCAUGUCGGAGCGUCGGGAGGACGUGUGGCUGCCGCUGAUCUCCUACCGGAACAGCCUGCUGACGGGAGGGGACGAGGACCACAUGUCGGUCACGUCGGGCUCCAGCAGCAAGACCGGCUCGGUCCGCAGCAAGAAGGGCCGGCCGCCGCUGCACAAGAAGCGCAUCGAGGAGGAGAGCAGCGUGGAGGGCUCAUGGAUGAUGCGAAAUGACACCUUACAGACGCCGGGGGCCCUCCAGACCCCUCAGCUUACCUCGACGGUCCUCAGAGAGAACAGGCCAGCGGAACACAUGCCGGACCCGGACUCGGAGCCGGGAUCGGAGAAUGACUUCGUCCACAAUCCUCAGAUGCAGAUGUCCUGGCUGGGCCAGCAGAAGAUGGAGGAGGUGAACAGAAAGGACCGGACAGGCAUGAACUACAUCAAAUCACGCAGCAAUCAGGGCGUCCGACAGACUGUGCGCGGGCUGAUGGAGGACGACGCAGAGCCCAUCUUUGAGGACGUGAUGAUGUCGUCGCGAGGCCAGCUAGAAGACAUGAACGAGGAGUUUGAAGACACCAUGGUGAUCGACCUGCCACCAUCAAGGAACAGACGUGAAAGAGCGGAGUUAAGACCAGACUUCUUCGACUCUGCAGCGAUGAUCGAGGAUGAAUCGGGUUUCACCAUGCCGAUGUUCUAAUCUAGACAGAGGAAACCUCAGCUCUGAGGAGGGGCUGUUUUGAGAUGCCUAACCCGUAUCACCUGCCAAUCAAACUCUUAAAAAGAAGAAUACAGAACAUGGGAGCACUUCUCUUUUCCUCCAAGACUUGAUGGGAGGGUGCCUGUGAAGCGGAUCUGCCUGGCUCGGCUGGAUCUCCCCCACAGGCAAGGAUCCACUCCAGAGCUUUGGUCCUGCUCCUGUUCUUGCUCCUCUUUGUCCUCAGCGCGUCGGUGCAGCUCCCGUUAGUGGCGGCAGCCGGCCCGUUGAGCUCUCUCGGUUUCUACAGCCCCCUGUCACACAGACGUCCAGCUUUUUGCCUCAGAGCCCCUGAGCAGCGCGACACUCUGUACAGCCCCCCCCACCCCGCCCCAGCCCUCUUUGGUGUUGCACUUCAGUCCUUUCGGUUAAAUCCAACAAAGAGAGGCCGUCAGUGCUAAAUGUUCGAUAUCUCCGCUGGCCCCCUCUCCUCUCUUUGUUCGCCAUCUCCUGUACGUGGUGUGUGAUUUGCGCGUCAAGUGUCGGUGGUGAUGACAGAAGCCGUCGGCCCGCCCGAGGGAAGUGACCUCACCCGUGUCCCAUCGCUUCCUCUUGUGUCCGGUGUGAUGUCAAGGCGAAGAGAGCCUAGUUUCCAUCAGAAUCCUGGACAGAAUCCCCAACCCUCGCUCUCUCUUUUUCGCACACACACGCGCUGAGUAACGGCUUUUUAAAGGAAAAAAACAAAACGAAAAAAAAGUUUUAAAAAAGACAAACAUAUUUUCAAUCCUGUAGCUUUAGUACUAAAGUUUUAAAUCAAGUGUGACCUUGCUUUUGUCUGAUGUUUGUACAGUUUUUUUUUCCAGUUUUUUUUUUUUUUUUUCUUGACUAUGUAUCUUGUUUGUUGCCAAAUUGUGGCCUACAUACUUAAAAGUAUAUUCCAUCCCCUACCCACAUCCCCUAUAGGUCAUAUCGGACCGUUACCAAGGACACCGGCUUUUGGGUGCCGUGUGAUCCGACCGUCUCUCACUUUAGGAAUGCAGCGGAAUAUCUGUGCACUUUGCUCAUCUCACAGGUCAAAACGAGCGGCUUCCAUUGUUGCACCUGCAAACAGUGUUACGAGACCCAGAGGCAGUUACAGAGUUGUUGUCUUUGUUCAUAUCCAGUGCAGUGAUGGAUCUUUAUGUCUGACAGAUGUGUUUGAAUGUGUUUUGAAUGUUCUCAGCCAUACUUUUCAUUCGCCCUCCCUCUGGGUAACCAAUCAUUUCCAACUUUUUUUUUUUUCAUUGGCUGGAUGGCAGUCCUGUAAAUAUCAGAGACAAUUGGAUUUUUUCUGCAGUGCAGUUGACAUCAGUUUCCCUAAAUAUUCUCAUAAAUUUGUUGUUUUGUUUUUUCUCCUUUUCUGUGAACUUAUUCUUUUUCAAUAAAAUAAAAUCUGUAAUCAGUUUACA